UUUUUUAUUUUUGUUAUCUUUAUUAAAACAUUUCGUUCUAAAUAACUUAUAUUUAACUAUAAUGUCAUCUGAGAUUUUCUCUCAACUCAAUCUCCACCUUGUUCCCACUGACAGAUUUCCUCCAGUCAUCCAUUUAAACGGCUCAGAGCCUCUAAUCCUCACGGCUGACCACUGAGGAUAUGGCUACAGGCAGGUGGCGAGAUGGAUGUGACCCCCGUGACCUCUCCUCUGAGCUGCUGCAUGUGGGUAUGAAGAAGAGACAGGCUGCAGCCAGUGCCUUGAAAGUUACCACUUGUGUCCAAGCUGAGGAGUUGAUGGUUGGAUUUCCAUCGUGGUGAUAAACUGUUGACAUGGAUGCAACGAAGAAAGAUGCCCCCCCAGGGGGCGAUGGAGGCAAGUCAGACACCCUGGGCUCGACUGGCUCCUCCAGAAAAAGAGGAGGGGGGGCCAAGAAAGCGAUGCAGGCCAACAAGUCUGCCCUCAGGGCCCCCCGAGCUCUGUGCUGCCUCACCCUCAGCAACCCGAUUCGCAUGGCAGCCCUGGCACUGGUGGAGUGGAAGCCCUUUGAUAUUUUCAUUCUGCUCGCCAUUUUUGCCAACUGUGUGGCCAUGGGUGUGACCAAGCCAUAUCCAGAUGAUGACUCCAAUCCUACUAAUCACCAACUGGAACAAGUCGAAUACGUCUUCCUCGUCAUCUUCACCAUCGAGACCUUCACUAAAAUUCUUGCCUACGGAUUAGUCAUGCACCCCAGCGCCUACAUACGCAGCGGGUGGAACUUGCUGGAUUUCGUCAUCGUCAUCGUUGGGUUGUUCAGUGUCAUAGCAGAAGCCAUGACGGAUCACAAGCCUGGAGAAGCUCAUCACGCUGCAGGGAAACCUGGAGGCCUGGACGUCAAAGCCCUCAGAGCCUUCAGGGUGCUGCGGCCACUUCGACUCGUGUCUGGAGUCCCAAGUUUACAGAUUGUGUUGAACUCCAUCAUGAAAGCCAUGGUUCCUCUUCUGCACAUCGGAAUGUUGGUCAUGUUUGUCAUCAUCAUCUACGCUAUCAUCGGCCUGGAGCUCUUCAUCGGCAGGAUGCACAAAACCUGCUACUACACCAGCACAGGUCUUAUGGUGGAGGACGACCCGUCACCUUGUGCUUUCGCCGGGUCUGGACGCUUUUGUGUUGACAAUGGAACUGAGUGCAGGGGCAAGUGGGAGGGGCCAAACGGCGGCAUCACCAACUUCGACAACGUCUUCUUUGCCAUCCUGACUGUGUUCCAGUGCAUCACUAUGGAGGGUUGGACAGACGUGCUCUACUGGAUGAACGACGCCAUUGGUUUUGAGAUUCCCUGGAUUUACUUUGUGUCUCUGGUCAUCUUUGGGUCGUUCUUCAUCAUCAAUCUGGUACUGGGUGUGUUGAGCGGAGAGUUCUCCAAAGAGAGAGAGAAGGCCGUGGCCCGAGGUGAGCUGCAGAAGGCCCAGGAGAGCAAACAGAUGGAGGAGGACAUGGUCGGCUACAUGGACUGGCUCAUAGAGGCCGAGGAUGUGGACGAGGAAGGAAAUAAACGCGCCGCGAUCGCAAAGAAGAAAAUGAUGAAGAAGUUCGGCUGGUACAAACACAGCGAGGACGGUGGAGAGUCGGACUCAGAUGACGAUAUAGCCUACCUCGACGACGACAACGGCUGCUGCGCUUCUCUAAUGGCAAAGAUGAUGGCAAAUAGCUUCUGUGACCAGCUGUGUCAGCUGAAUCACACCUUCAGGAAGAACUGCCGUGUGGCCGUGAAGACCACAAACUUCUACUGGCUGGUGCUCCUGCUGGUGUUCCUCAACACGGUGGCCAGUGCCUCGGAGCAUUACGGCCAGCCCAAGUGGCUCACGGAGAUGCAAGAGAGAGCCAACAAGAUCCUGCUGCUGCUGUUCACUCUGGAGAUGCUGAUGAAAAUGUACGCCUUCGGUCUGCAGAUCUACUUCAUGGCUCUCUUCAACCGCUUCGACUGCUUCGUGGUGUGCGGCGGCAUCCUGGAGACUCUCCUGGUGGAGUUCGAUACCAUCCCACCCAUCGGCAUCUCCGUGCUGCGUUGCAUCCGACUGCUGAGGAUAUUUAAGAUGACUCGACACUGGGCUGCUCUGUCUGACCUGGUCAACUCACUGCUCAACUCCAUGAAGGCCAUCUGCUCCCUUCUUCUCCUGCUCUUCCUCUUCCUCAUCAUCUUUGCUCUGCUGGGAAUGCAGCUGUUUGGAGGGAAAUUCAACUUUGACGAGAUGCAGAUGAAGAGAAGCACCUUUGAUUCCUUCCCUCAGGCUCUUCUCACCUGUUUCCAGAUUCUGACCGGUGAGGACUGGAACGCCGUGAUGUACGACGGCAUCAUGGCCUACGGCGGUCCCAUCUUCCCCAACAUGGUGGUGUGCAUUUACUUCGUCAUCCUCUUCGUCUGCGGCAACUACAUCCUGCUCAACGUCUUCCUGGCUAUCGCCGUGGACAACCUGGCAGGAGGAGGAGGGAAGAAGAAUGUGGAAGAGAAAAAGGAAGAAGAGGAAGAGUGGGAUGAAGAUAACGAGAAGGAGGAUGAAGAUGCAGGGAACGAAGAAGACGACUGGCAGGAGAACGAGGAGCUGAGGGCAAUCGAGGGACUGGAGGGUGAGAGCGAUGGGAUUCACCGUGACGACGGACGGCACCGGUCAACAUUUUCCGUUUGCAGUUUGCGAGUCGCCUGCCACAACCUCAUCCAUCACCACUACUUCACCAACUUCAUCCUCAUCUUCAUCAUCUUCAGCAGUAUUUCAUUGGCCGCCGAGGAUCCAAUCAAAUCCCACUCCUUCAGAAACAUCGUGCUGGGUUAUGCUGAUUACGUGUUCACGUCCGUCUUCACGGUGGAGAUCGUUCUGAAGAUGACGGUUUAUGGAGCGUUUCUCCACACCGGCUCCUUCUGCAGAAACGCCUUCAACCUCCUGGACCUGCUGGUGGUCAGCGUGUCUCUGACCUCCUUCUUCCUGCAUUCAAGUGCGAUCUCUGUGGUGAAGAUUCUCCGUGUGCUGCGUGUGCUCAGGCCUCUCCGAGCCAUCAACAGAGCCAAAGGACUGAAGAACGUGGUCCAGUGUGUGUUUGUGGCGAUCCGCACCAUCGGUAACAUCCUGAUCGUCACGACUCUCCUCCAGUUCAUGUUCGCCUGUAUUGGAGUGCAGCUCUUCAAGGGCAGAUUCUACAGCUGCACAGAUGAAGCCAAACACACCCCCGACGAGUGCAAGGGGACGUUUGUCGUCUACAAAGACGGCGACAUGAACCACCCGAUGGUCAGAGAGAGAAUCUGGCAAAACAGUGACUUCAACUUUGACAACGUGCUGAACGGCAUGUUGGCUCUGUUCACCGUGUCAACGUUUGAGGGUUGGCCACAGCUCCUCUACCGUGCCGUCGACGCCAAUGCCAUAAACCGCGGCCCCAUUUACAACUACAGGGUGGAGAUCUCCAUCUUCUUCAUCAUCUACAUCAUCAUCAUCGCCUUCUUCAUGAUGAACAUUUUCGUGGGUUUUGUCAUCAUCACGUUUCGAGAACAGGGAGAGGCCGAGUUCAAGAACUGUGAGCUGAACAAAAAUCAGCGCCAGUGUGUGUACUACGCUCUGAAAGCCCAACCUAUAAAAAUUUACAUCCCCAAAAACCCAUCGCAGCUCAAGUUCUGGAGAAUAAUCAACUCCAGUCAGUUUGAAUACAUCAUGUUUGUGCUGAUCCUGGGGAACACGCUGACUCUGGCCAUCCAGCAUUACGAACAGUCCAAACUCUUCACCUCCGUCAUGGACAUCCUCAACAUGAUCUUCACCGUGGUCUUCACCAUCGAGAUGAUCAUUAAACUCUUGGCUCUGCGCGCUCACCAUUACUUUAUUGAUCCAUGGAAUUCCUUUGAUGCACUGAUUGUGGUGGGGAGCGUUCUGGACAUAGCAGUGUCAGAGUUCAGUGGAGGAGGCCACGGUCACGGUGAGGGCAAAGGUGAAAGUGGAAAAGUGUCAAUUACCUUCUUCCGAUUGUUCCGAGUCUUGAGGUUGGUCAAACUGCUCAGUAAAGGAGAGGGCAUCCGAACGCUCCUCUGGACUUUUGUCAAGUCCCUGCAGGCUCUGCCUUACGUCGGUCUGCUCAUCGCCAUGAUCUUUUUCAUCUACGCCGUGAUUGGUAUGCAGACAUUUGGGAAAGUCGCUGUUGACGACAACACGGAGAUCAACAGGAACUGUAACUUCCAGACUUUCUUCAUGGCUGUUCUGGUGCUCUUCAGAUGUGCCACCGGAGAACAGUGGCAGGAGAUCAUGUUGGCGGCUCUGCCCGGCAGACGCUGUGACCCGGAGGCAGACAUCGAACCGGGAGAAGAGUUCACCUGUGGCAGCAACUUGUCCUACGUCUACUUCAUCAGCUUCUUCAUGCUCUGUGCUUACCUGGUGAGUUCAGCCGCGACCGGACUGAUCUGGUUUGUGUUAGUCACCACUCGGUACAGUACAGUACACCGCACGGUGGAGCCCCUCAGUGACAUGCCUCCUCCUCCUCCUCCACCUCCUCCACCUGCACCUGUAGAGAUUCCAGGAGGUGGAGACCUUGUACGUGAAGAACCGACUGUGGCACCAACCAGGACUGAGCAGGUUCAUGUCAGUGAAGGAGAGGCUGUGAACCUGGCUUCAGUUGACAGCUACCCGUACCCAGACGCUGUCUCACCCGUGCCGUCAGACACCGGCUACAACGGACAGAGCUUUGACGCAGCCAGCAGCUUCGGGGAAAUACCUUACGACAGCAACGAUUCCAACGGCUUCAUGAGCAACGGUUACAGUAGCACCAACAUGUACGGAGGCAGCCUCGCCGCCAGCCCCACCCCCAACUCCACCGACGGCUACGGCCUGAACGGCUACUCUGGCUACGACAAAAACGGCAGCGUCGUCAGCACCAACGGGAACGAGAGCGUGGUGAGCGACUACAACGGAAGUGGAGUCAGCGUGAGGAGCUUCGGAUACAACGGAAGCGAACACGGUGGAUCGCAGUUUGUCAGGAGGCGGCUCCUUCCUGCCAUACCUCAAGAUCGUAAGCCUGUUUUUAACCUCCAGUGUCUGAGGCCUCAGAGCAGUGUGGAUGAUCUCCCUGUUCCAGGGAACUAUUGUGGAAACACAUCUCCGUCCAGAGCCCGUCUGCAGGCCCAGCACAGUCUGGACUCCCGGCCCAGCAGCGUCUCCUCCAUGUCGUCCGCCUCCUGGGCCAACACGGCAGCAGCUGGCACCACUCCUGUUCCGGGAGUGAUCGCCCCCUCAGGGCGCAGGGGGAAGCUCAUCUACACGCCCAUGAUCCUGGUGGACGAGGCCACGGGCAGCAGCCAGCCGCUGUGGAGCGACGGCUCUGCCAGUCUCCCGGCAGGAAGUCGUCCCGCCUGGUACCCCGGCCAGACGAGGACCUUCACCAGCAUGAGGGUGCCGCCGGCCCACAUGGGCUUCAUGAACAAAGGCAGUGCAGACAGUCUGGUCGAAUCAAUCUUGAUCUCCGAGGGUCUCGGCAUCUACGCCAGAGACCCCAAAUUUGUGAACUUUGCCAAGAAAGAGAUCGCCGAAGCCUGCCACAUGAGCCUGGACGAAAUCGAGAACGCCGCCUCCGACUUGAUAGCGCGCGGCGCCGCCCGCUCCAUGUCACGUUUUGAGGAGGAGCUGGCUGAUGAAAUGAACUGUGUCAUUUCCUACUGACGUCAACCACAGACAGAACAUGUGUGAGAGAGAGUGCAUUACAGCUGAGAAGAAAGAAAAAAAAAAAGCCUUUUUUUGUGGUGGGUCGUGUCGUGUUCUGUGGAGACGAGUGACGAGAUUUGACACAAAUGGAAAUCUGUUUUUUUUUUUCCUGCCUCUAGGACGUGAUAUGACAUGUUUGCAAAUGCCAAAUAACACAUUGAUUUACUGUGGUCUACGGUGAUCUAAUGUAAGGGUUCUCAACCCCUGGUCCGGGUGCCGGUUCGGAGGUCAUUUGGUACUGGACCGCAGCGGGAAACGGAAUAAAGUCUAAAAGAUGUUUUAUUUUUAAAAUGGAAUGAUCCUUUAACGAUCAGGAAAGGAAAGAAUCUGCUGAAGAUGUCGGCGAAUGACAGACAUAUAUAUAUAUUUAAAUAUAUAUAUUUAUAUGUACAUAUAGAGACAUAUA